AUGACUUCACGGCGGCCCCUCCCUGCAGAUGACUUCGGCAUCUACUACGUCCUUGCAGAGUGCACAGAUCAUUAUGACAACUGCCCUGUGAAUGAGGCUGAGGAGAACCCGCCCCAUUUCCAGGGAGUGACCGGCCUGCGGAACUUGGGCAACACGUGCUACAUGAACGCCAUCUUACAGUGUCUUGGCAGCAUUUCGCCGCUGGUGGAAUACUUUCUCUCGGGAAAGUACAUUACUGCUCUUCAAAAGGAGUGCAGUGAGGUUGCCACCGCUUUUGCCUAUGUGAUGACAGACAUGUGGCUUGGAGAUUCAGAAUGUGUCUCACCAGAAAUAUUUCGGUCAGCUCUUGGCAACCUCUACCCAGCAUUUAUGAAGAAGACACAGCAAGAUGCUCAGGAAUUCUUGAUUUAUGUCCUGAAUGAACUUCAUGAAGCCCUGAAAAAGUACCAUCGGAGAAGAUCAUACGAGAAAGGGUCUAUUCCAAGGUGCUGCAAGAAGGUGAUUGCCAAUGAGUCCUCCAUCAUCACACAGCUGUUUGAAGGGCAGCUCAACUACAGCUUCAUGUGUUUGAAGUGUGAGAGCUGCACCUACAAGAAUGAAGUCUUCACCAUCCUCUCUCUCCCCAUUCCAUCUGAAUACGAGUGCUCUCUUCAGGACUGUCUCCAGAGUUUUAUUCAGCAAGACACACUGGCCUGGAAUAACCAAAUUCACUGUUCCUUCUGUGAAACCAAGCAAGAAACAGCUGUAAAAGCCAGUAUCUCCAAAGCACCAAAAAUAAUUAUCUUUCACUUAAAAAGAUUUGACAUUCUGGGUACAAUAAAAAGGAAACUGAGAACAGAUAUUCAUUACCCACUCACUAACUUGGACCUUACCCCUUAUAUUUGUCCAGUUUUUCGGAAACACCCUAAAUAUAACCUCUGUGCAGUGGUGAACCACUUUGGUGACCUGGAUGGUGGCCAUUACACUGCUUUCUGCAAGAACUCAGUGACCCAGGCCUGGUAUAGCUUUGAUGACACACGAGUCAGUGAGAUUCCAGAUACUUCAGUUCAAACUGCUACAGCCUAUCUCCUGUUCUACAGCUGCCAGCCCUUUUCUAUACCUGUAACAAAAUGCAAGAGCUAG